AUGACGUCCAAGGAAGGAUCUAGUGCGAUAACAGAUGGUGCUAAAAGAGCCGGGUAUAGUAAUCCUGCGUUCAAAGCAAUGGGCAUCCCGACUCUACGGUUGCCGGGGCGGAAUUGGAUGAUCUUUUGGGCGGUGCUGAGUGCUGGGGUGUCAGGUGUAGUGUACGACAAGUAUCAGCAGCGUCAGAUCAGCAACAAAUACAUAAACAUGGUACAGCAGCGCAGUUUGGAGCAUAUGGAUACAUGGAUGAAACCGCGGAAGAUUACUGUAUUUGUAGCGCCACCGCCGAGUGACUAUCUGGACACUUCUCUGAAGGUAUGGAGGCGGUAUUUGAAGAGCAUCUUGUAUAAUGCGGGGGUUGAUUAUGAGAUUAUAACGGAGGAGCGACAAGGGCUUAUACGAUUUGAGGUUGCAGAGCGGAUAAGACGGUUACGGAGGGAGAUACUAGAUACGGAGGCUAGAUUGAAGAAGGCCGAGGAAGAACAGCGUUGGGUUAAUCGGUUGCGUUCAUGGUGGUUGAAGGAACGAAUUUCGGAGGAGGAAGCCGAAAAUCUCAAGGCUGAGAAAUAUCGUAAGGAGUUUACUUACAAACAACUGCUUGGUGUGUUCUAUAAGAAUGACGUGUUGAAAGCUCAGGGAGUGGUAAGCGAAGAUGUCUUGGUUGCAGAACCCGUUUUAAGUGGCGGUGUUAUUUGUAUUGGCCGUGGGGCGUACAAGGAGUACAUUUCAGGCAUUCAUGAGGGUAUUCUGGGGCCCCUGGAAGCCCCACAAAACACGAAAAUUGCCGAGCCGUUUGCUGGCGAAUCCAGACAGACUAGCGAUGCGACUGUGGCUGCAGCAGAAACAACAACAACAUCUACAACUGCAGCUGAAAACGUUGAGAUUAUAGCCGUUGAUGCCCAGGUGGACAGUGCCCAGAGCGACAGUAACCAUGCUUCUGAUAACACUUCUGAUGGUGAAGGCGAAAAGGAAGAAUCUACCAAGUCACCGCCAGCGCCUUAUAUUUCAUACAAAGAUUACGCAAACGCUGAACUUCCACGUGAACUGUCCUCGGAAGUUGUUAAGGAUCCUCUCACAAAUGUCCCUGCAUUGUUUCAUCAGCCAAUUUUAGUUGUGCAGGUACCGAAUCUGGUUGGGUUCCUGCAGAUUCCCAAACGGAUAUAUCGCUUCUAUACGAGGAGGUACUAUGCAGAACAAUGCUGUAAGGCUGCUACUUCCAUGGUUUUCCAAUACACCAAACCUUUCAAUCCUGAAACUGACUUGGAUUUGGCGAAGUCGGAAGAAGAAGACUGGCCAAAUUACUGGGUCAAACAAGGGCACGAACGUCAAAGUGAAUGGGUCCAAGAACUCUAUGGUGAUAACAGAGUCUUAUCCAGUCUGCACCUUAUAGACCCUUCGAAGCUAGAUGUACAGCAGGUUGAAAACUAA